AUGCAAGCCUCGCCACUCCAAAAUAUUAAGUCGAAAGUCAUGGUAAAUGAUGAUUUGGACAGUUUUAUUUCCAUUGUGAUUCGAUGCGCCGAUUUUCAUGCGCCUCUGUAUCUUGCGGCUCAACUGUUGAGGCUAGACCUCAGAGAGUCUGGCGAGAAGGCCCUUAGGCUUCUUACCUCCACCUGUCCUAGCAUAAAGUUUCUUUAUGUCUGCUCAGGAUUGUCUAUCCUGUACUACAGGAUACCCUUUGUGCGCGACCUGGUAUCUCGUGCAGUAGUGAGUAUGACGCCAGAGGAGCAGAAAGCGCCGCCCUGCACAGACAAUAUUUACUUACUGGAAAGCUUCGGCCUCUAUCAUACCGGACAUAUGCCGAGCAAUUUGCGAAUGCAGGCGUUAAUUCAGAGGGCGUCAGCUUUACUAAGUCUUACUAAAGCACCGAUGACAUCAUCUGAGACACCGUCGCUACAACCAGUUGACAGUUGGGAGCGCCUGCGCAAUACGUUGCUGCGUCUGCAACCAGGAUACUUUGAUAACCGACGCGCCACGGAUCCUACGUAUGAUCCCUUUUCCUAUCUAGCUACACAUGUUGUCUGCAUAGCUGCCAUAACAAGUUCAUCAAAGGCACAUCCGUCAUUCGCUACUCUUCUAUUAUCAUCCUUAUCAUUGUCGGACUUCAUUCACAAGGUAUCAGUGCUCACCUCUUGGGAGGACAGGAGACAACUACUUUUGCAAGCACUCGGGGACAUAAAUAGUUAUAGCGACGUAGACUUUAGCCCGGACAUGUGGGAAAGCAUUGAGAAUUGCUCGCUUUAUCCUCAAACGCUUCAAAAGUUGCUGCAGACGGGCUGGGUGUCUUCCUUUGUGGACACGUUCGCAGAGCUAUACAGUGAAUGUGCGACAAAAUGCCUCUCUGACAUCAGAAGAACAGGAGAGGCGUGUGGAAGCGUCUUCAAGCACGUUACCGAUUACUCUGUCCAGGAGCAGCUUUUAUCGUUCAUCAAUCUAAAAGAAGAUGUAUGCAUUCUUCAGCGCCGCGUGUUCCUACGCUUUUUCGUUAUGGCUGCGUCACCAGCAAAGGUCGAUGCGGCUAUCGUACGCCUCCUCAAGGCAGACAAUGCGAUGGAGACAUCGAUAAGCAUCCCAAACACUUCCUUUUCAAGAAAGUUAGUAAGAAACUUAGCGCUUACGUUCACCUAUGCAGUCCUUCUGGAGAUCCUGGAAUGA